ACGUGACUGUCUAAAGAAACGGGAAGUUCGUGAUUGACUCUCAGUACAGCUGUUAUAACUUUAUGCUUUCAAGAAGACACACCGUUCGUUCCGUUAGGAAACAUUAAUACCCAAAGGAUAAAAGUGACUCUUUGUCGGUGUCGGCGUUUUAUCAUCCGGUCAUGGGAUCUUUGUUCCGCAGUGAAGAGGUCUGUCUGGUACAGCUCUUCCUCCAGUCAGGAUCAGCUUACAAUUGUGUCAGCGAACUGGGAGAGCUGGGAAUAGUGGAGUUCAGAGAUCUGAAUCCAAAUGUGAACGCGUUCCAGAGGAAGUUUGUGAACGAGGUGAGGAGAUGUGAGGAACUGGAGAAAACAUUUGUGUUUUUGGAACAGGAGAUUGUUCGCAGUCUCUCCCAGAAAUUGCAGCCACCCAUUCCAACCCCUCCAGCUCCUCAGCCCAGAGAUCUCCUCACCAUUGAGGAGGAGAGUGAGCGCUUGGCCCGAGAGCUCCGGGAGGUGUCCAGGAACAGAGACAGUCUGCGGUCUCAGUAUACUCAGCUGUGUCAGUACAGAGGGGUUUUAAAACAGACACAUUCACUCACGGCCUCACAGGCCCCACUGGUCUCGUUCGAACCAGUGGGUCUGGCAGAGAACAGACAGGACGUCAGGCUGAGCUUCGUGGCUGGCGUAGUUCAUCCAUGGAAAGUGCCCGCCUUCGAGAGGCUGCUAUGGCGUGCUUGUCGUGGUUACAUCAUUGUGGACUUUCAUGAGAUGGAAGAAAAACUUGAACAUCCUGAUUCUGGUGAGCAGGUGCAAUGGACUGUGUUUUUAAUCUCGUUCUGGGGAGAUCAGAUCGGUCAGAAAGUGAAGAAGAUCUGUGACUGCUUCCACACGCAAACAUUCCCCUACCCAGAGAACCAGGCAGAAAGAGAGGAAACUCUUAAUGGCCUCAGAGGAAGAAUUGAGGACAUCAAAUCAGUCAUGGGUGAGACGGAGCAGUAUAUGCAGCAGUUGCUGGUGCGAGCGCUGGCCCGUCUGCCCGAGUGGAUUGUGCAGGUUCAGAAGUGUAAAGCCGUGCAGACAGUGCUGAAUCUCUGCAGCCCGUCCGUCACUGAUAAGUGCCUGAUCGCAGAAGCCUGGUGCCCCGUCAGCCAGCUGACCGCCUUGCAGAGCGCCCUGAGAGAAGGAGGGAGGAAGAGCGGCAGUAGUGUGGACUCAUUCUACAACCGCUUGCCGGCCACCACGUCUCCCCCUACACUGUUCCCCACUAACGCCUUCACUGCAGGAUUCCAGAACAUAGUUGAUGCGUAUGGAGUGGCGAGCUACAGGGAGAUGAAUCCAGCUGUCUACACCAUCAUCACGUUUCCCUUCCUGUUUGCUGUCAUGUUCGGGGACGUUGGACACGGUCUUCUGAUGACACUGGCGGCUCUCUGGAUGGUUCUGGAAGAGAAGGAUCCAAAAAUGAGGAAAAAUACUAACGAAAUCUGGCAGAUGAUGUUUGGAGGCCGAUAUCUCAUUUUGUUGAUGGGGUUGUUUUCUAUCUAUACUGGAGCCAUAUACAACGAGUGUUUCAGCAGGGGCCUCAGCACCUUCUCGUCAGGAUGGCAUGUCCGGCCCAACGCAGAAUACUACAACUGGACUGAGGAGACUUUCAGAAGUUCUCAGUAUCUGACACUGGACCCCAAUGUCACGGGCGUUUUCACUGGUCCUUAUCCUUUCGGCAUUGAUCCCAUUUGGGGUCUGGCCAAUAAUCAUCUGACGUUCCUCAACAGCUAUAAAAUGAAGAUGUCUGUCAUUAUUGGAGUCAUCCAUAUGACCUUUGGUGUGUGUUUAUCUUUAUUCAACUACGUACACUUCAAAGAUAUCAGCAGUGUGUUUUUGGUGCUGAUCCCGGAGUUGUGUUUCAUGCUGUGUCUUUUUGGAUACCUGAUCUUCAUGGUGAUCUAUAAGUGGGUGAUGUACGGCCCCUUGAACUCUAACACUGCCCCCAGCAUCCUGAUCCACUUCAUAGACAUGUUCCUGUUUACUGAGAAUAAGGACAACCAACCUCUCUACACAGGACAGAUGAUUGUGCAGAAGGUUCUGGUGAUUGUGGCUGUGUUGUCUGUUCCUGUGUUGCUCCUGGGGAAGCCAAUACAAGAAUACAUCACACACAGGAGGAAGAGAACUCAGCAUUCAGGAGACAGACGUCCACUGCUAGCAGAAAACGGCUCAAUAAAUUCUCACCAGGGAGAGGUGGAUGCAAGAGGAGGAGGAGGAGAAGAAGAGGAGUUUGAUACGGCGAACGUGUUCAUGCACCAGGCCAUCCACACCAUCGAGUAUUGUCUGGGCUGCAUCUCUAACACCGCCUCAUACUUGCGACUCUGGGCCCUCAGCCUGGCUCAUGCCCAGUUAUCUGAGGUGCUGUGGUUAAUGGUCAUGCGGAUCUCCUUCCGGCAGCUCAGUUAUGUGGGCUCUGUCAUCAUGGUGGCUAUAUUUGCUGCCUUCGCUGUGCUAACCGUAUCUAUCCUGCUCGUCAUGGAAGGCCUGUCCGCUUUCCUACACGCACUUCGACUUCACUGGGUGGAGUUUCAGAAUAAAUUCUACAGUGGAUCAGGCUACAAACUAAGUCCAUUUGGCUUCUCAUCAGAAAUUGGAUCUCACUCUCUAAAGUGACCCAUGAACCACAUCUAGUAGUCAUAGGAUUAAAAAAAAAUGAUGGAAAUGUUUCGCUGGGGGCACAACGCACAUUUUAAAAAGUAUCAUUGAAGCGUCUUUUAUGUUUUAGCUUGACUGCGCUGGACCUGAAAAAUCAAACAUGAAAAAUGUUUUGGCGCCCUGUUAUGAAAUCCACAUCCAUAUCUUUGACACUAUGCAACAUUAUCUUUGAAACAGUAUCUGAGUACAUGGCACAUGUGAUGUAGAGUCUUUUAUUUGAUUGAACAUGAUUUUUUUUAAACUAAAGUCUUGAGUCCACAUAAAAUAAAGUUCUUUUAAGUAAUGCUCCAUAAUCAGGUGUAUCCGUGAGCAUUCUGCCAUCAUGAUGACAACCAUCUAAUUUGUGGUUUAAUGCUGCAAGUACAGACAAUUUGUACAAUUUUGAAAUAUUCUUGCAAUUAAUUGCUAAAUUAAGUAUACUUUAAAUGAAAUAAAUGACAAUUGUUUCAAUGACCACCCAAUAUAAAAUUAAAAUCCGCUUUCAGCUUCUUAAUCAAUAGCUUGAAGGAUUUUGAUUUACAGCAUACAGCAAAGAGAAUGCUCUUCCGUCCAGCUGUCCUUUUAUUGUUGCUUUUCUACUAUUACAAUAAUGAAAUUUUGUUUUAAUUAUGGCACUGAAUGUCAAGCCAUACAGUUGUACUUGCUGAUCAAUAAAGACCAAAGCCUUCCAAUACUGUU